AUGGUCGACUAUGGUAAUCCCCGUUGGCCCACAAAUGUAGAGACCUUAUCAAAACUUCGUCAAUUUUCUCUCAGAGUUGAUAACGGUACAAUGACAUUCACUGAAAUAAGAAAUAUGUUACAUGCUAUGCCAUAUGUGAAAUAUGUAGAACUUGAUAUUCCGUGUGAAGUCGGUUUAGUCGACAGUCGUCAAUGGGAAACUAUUGCUGUUAAUCUCAUUCGAUUUGAUUUUCGAUUUCGUGUUGUAUAUUGGUCGGCAUGUCCUACUGCGAAAAUCAACUAUCUUACUUCGUUCCGAACACCAUUCUGGCUCGAACAGAAGCGAUGGUUUGUUGCUCAUGAUAACCACAAGCCACCAACUAUUUUCACUGUUCCUCGCUUCAUGCCGAAAGACUUAGAAUGGCCAUCGAACAAUACCAUAGAAGACUGUACUAUUGAUAUUUUCAAACCCAAUAAUUACAUCGAACAUCUAAAUUUGUUGUCCAAUAACCAGAAUACACAAGCUGAAAAUAAGUUUGAUUUACAGACUUUACUCGAAGAUAAACCACAUCUAUACUCACUGAAUAUCUGUAAUUCGUUAUCAUCUGAUAUUCUACAUGACAAAGUUGUCUAUGAACAAAUACGAAUUUUACGUUUUAGUUUCGAGCACAAUAUAUCAUCAUCAUUUAAUCCGGAGCAGAUAUGCACAGCAUUUCCUCGAUUAGAAUGUUUGAGCAUAUCAGUUGAAUCGUCACGAGUGUUAUUUAUGUUUAUCGACCGAUUGAAAUAUUUAUCCGACGCGUAUUUUCGUUUCAAUGUUACUGUUAACAAAUGGUGUUGUUGGAAACGGCAGCAAGUAACACGUCAAUGGCUCAUUCGAAAUAGUCGACGAUUAAGACAUGACCGACAUUUUACCAGUACAAUAACUGAUCAUAGUGUACGAUUAUGGAUGAGUGAUAAACGGGAAUCAUCAUCAAAAUUCAAAAGAUUCAUGAAAAUGAGAAGAAAGUAA